UGCAAAAAUGGAUUUUAUACGUCUAGUAUCCUGGUUCCUUCUACUCCAAUGUCCAGGAUACUUGACAAUUUCAAGCUCCGACGACAAAUACCUAUCGACCUUCAAAAAGGAGAACAAGUACAUCUCUAAGACUUGCAAUGAAUACCGUCAACGCCUCGGCAAUCGGAGAGCAGUGACCAUCCUGCAGCAACUGAGUGUACUGUCCCCAGAAUGGAAAGUGACGAAGUUAGACCCUGAUCCCCUGGGAGAAAUAUACAACUACGCUUUUCAGGCACUGUUGCUUCACCUAUUCUGCCCACAUCCUCUCGUCAGGAGAAAGAUUAUAAUAAAAAAGAGGAACUCCGAAGAAACUACGACGACGGAAGAACCAGCAACCAUAUCACCCCAGUGUUCGCUAAUCGGGAAUUGUCAACAAAUCAAGUGGGAUUAUUAAGGCAAGAGUUUAAAAAUAACCUUUUUGGGAUGUUGGUUAAAUUAAUAAAACUCACGGAUAUUUUUUUCUAUUCAUUUUUGAUGUUCGAGUACUUCGAGUUAAACAUUUUCCAUUAGAAAUUUAUGUUUAUCUAAUCAAGCCUCAAGUGGUUUAUGAAAAACAGACAAACUUCAACAUAAAGUUGUUUUGCUUUUCGCUGACUGAAUUCCCUUAUAACAACUGCUUUAGUUUUGGUAUAAACAAUAUAAAAACCGAACCAAGUGUGAUCAUUAAUGUUUUUCCAUUCAUGAUACAUAAAUAAUGUUGAUGUUUAGGUAUAAAUACUCUUUUUGCG